CAUCCGAAAUCACUCACAAUAGCCGUAUAAAACUCAAGUUGUUUUUUCACUAUCUGGUCACAUUGCUGCGUACAACAGUGAUAUUUCUCUUGAUUAGGACCUCCACAGUAUUCUCUAAGGCUAGUAACACCACGUGAAGUACCGUGAAAAACGCUAUCCUUGAAAAUGACCGCAGAUCACAUGACAUCGUUACGAUAUCUCGUUGACCGUCUGCAUAUCCGGCGACGGCGGAUGGCCGAGUCGGCUUCUUAUCCAACGCGGGUUUAUAGCACUGCGACUUUAUCACCGCCGUUUCCGGAUUCACCAGACAGCAGAUGCUCGAGUGAGAGCAACGUGUUCGUACAAGAUGGACAGCUUUGUCAUAAUUUCCUCUCACCAACAGGCCAACAGAAAUCGCCGAACUUUAUGCGCAAAAAAUCCGACACUCAAGAAAUAGUGCGUAAAGUAUACAGAAAAGAUCGUGUAUCAACUGCCGGUAAUGAUGCAUCAAAUCAUACAAACAACUCCCACACAGGGUCGUUCCAUUCAGAACUGGAAUUCACGUUCGAUUUCGCGCACAAUAAAGCUACAAUCGACACUGUAACAGAGCGUAUCUCAUUGAAUUUGACCGCCAACAACGCUGAUCACUUAGCCGAAUGUUCGCCAAAAGUAAGGAGGGAGGGGCCGAAGGUGUCGCCGCGGCGACCCUUGUUGCAUUCAAAGUCCGUUCCGAUAUCGCCCCCUCUAGUGACGCCCGAGCGAACGUCCCGGAUGUGGCAGGAUACACACCGGAAGUUGGGAAUGCUAGCCGCAGAUCUGGUCGGCUUAAGAAUGGCCGACGAAGCUUUGGCAAAGAAAUUUCUCGACAUUUACUCCGAGAUUCAGACUUUGAGAAUGAGGCGUUCCUGCGUCACACAUUGUGCACUACUUGAUGAGGCGUAUUACUCCGCAGAGGUUGCGGAUGAAGUUCCGGACGUGUGUGAUGCGGCUCCAAAAUCAAUAAAUAAACUUCUUCAUAGUAAAGGCGUUACAAGCUUCAAUAUAUCUAACAGGAGGUUUUCCUGCAGCUAAUACAACGAUUAUGGAUAAGUUUAAAAUAUGUUUUGUAAAUAUCACAAAAAAUGUAAGUUUGCUUGAAUAUUUGACACAAUUUUUCGUUUUGUAUCCAUAUACUGUACUAUAUUUCCUAUGUAUUGGUAAACGUAAGUGCCAUUCGCUUAUUCAAACUACUCGCACGUUUCCUGUACAAAUUAUGCAUAUCAAAACGAUUUUUCGUUACGCAUCCUUAUUUCAAGAACUUUAAUAUGUCCUUCUUGAGUCAUAGGUAAUGUUGGAAUUACAGUGAAAUUGAAGUUAUAGUGCAAUUUUAAACUGUUAUCUUUCGUUUUCUUCAUCACUAAUUACAUUCAU